CUUGUGUAUUGUGCCACCCACUCCCACCACCUGUUGUUCCUCUUUGAUUGCUUUCCGCAAUAGAUUUUUAUUCAUUCAAUAAUUAGUUCCAAGUUUUAUUAAUGCGAGUUCUUGUGUCCGGAGAGAGAGAGAGAAACAAGUUUCGUGUUUUAGUUGCGCGCUUUGUUCCUUUGUUUGUCAUUACUUUUGGUAUGUGAUACUGAUGUCUAGUAAUUACUUGUUGAAAUUAAAUUAAGAAGUAAAGAGUUUGUCAAGAAUAUUAUCAACUGUUCUAGCAACAUAAUUGUUUUCUGUGAUUGGAUACAUGUAUUUAAUCGUUGCCCAUAGCUCUGUACAUGGAUUAAUUGUUGUUGGGUUUAUUGUGUUUGCUAUGCCUUGAACUUAUACUUGUAUUUAAUCGUUUCCCAUAGCUCUGUACAUGUCCUAUAUUAAUUUUCCACAUAUUGUGAUGCUGCUCUCAAUAUGAAUUGUUUCUCUCUCUCUCUCUCUCCAGAUAAUUUGUUCACCUGUCAAAUUUGUUUCUUCAAUCGAUAAAAGAUGUCUUACACAGAUGAUUUUAGACACCUUGAAAUUCAACUUAAAGAUAUAAAGGCAGCUACCAACAAUUUUAGCGACAACCCUAUUGGAAACGGUGGGUUUGGAACUGUGUACAAAGGAGAACUACUUCUCCCCAACGGCCGGCGGAGAAUGGUCGCCUUCAAACGCUUAAACCGUAAAUUUGGACAAGGUGAUGUUGAAUUUUGGAAGGAGAUCACGACGCUUUCUGAACUGAGUCAUGAAAAUUUGGCCUCCCUUUUACAUUUUUGCAAGGAGGGUGAAGAGAGAAUCCUUGUAUAUGAGUACGUAUCUCGUCAGAGCCUCGAUAACUAUCUUGAUAAAGCUAGCCUCACAUGGAUCCAACGGCUCCACAUAUGUAUUGGGGCUGCAAGAGGAAUUGCCUAUCUUCACGAUCCAAAGAAGACCCAACGAAGGAUUCUUCACCGUGACAUAAAAAGUUCAAACAUCCUUCUGGAUGAAAAAUGGACUGCUAAAGUUUCAGAUUUUGGCCUAUCAAAAGUCACUCCUGCUAACCAAACGCGUUCAUAUCUAGUGUCUAAUGUUGCAGGUACACUUGGAUAUUGUGAUCCAGAGUAUCAUGCAACAGGUAUUCUUUCAAAAGAGUGUGACGUCUACUCUUUUGGAGUGGUGUUGUUCGAAAUUAUGUGUGGAAGAUUAUGUUGUGAAGUGGAAAAGGAUAAGCUAAUAUGCAUUUUAGUGCAUACAUGGACAAAUCGUUGUGAUGAAGAUAGAUUAGAUGAUAUUAUUUUUCCUGAUCUAAAGCAACAAAUAAAUCAGGAUUCUUUGUUGACAUUCGCAGCCAUUGCAAGACGAUGUCUAAAUAGGGAUCAUAAAGAACGACCAAAUAUGAUUGAGGUCGUCAGAGAACUCGAGGUUGCACUGCAUCAUCAACAAAACCCUAUGAAACACGAAAUCAGCGAGACCAAGAUGCCAACAUCGUACGGAUUUGUUAGUGAAUUUGAUCACCUCAAAGUUCGAUUGGAAGAUAUAAAACUGGCCACCAACAACUUCUCUGACAACAACGUAAUUGGACGCGGUGGGUUUGGCAAGGUGUACAGGGGAGAACUCUAUCUACCAGGAGGACAACGCAUGGUCUGUUUUAAGCGACUAGACCGUAGACUCGGGCAAGGGAAUGUUGAGUUUUUUAAAGAGAUAUCGUUGCUUUCUCGAUACAGACAUGUAAAUUUGGUCUCUCUCUUGAAAAUUUGUAUUGAAGGUGAUGAGUUGAUACUUGUAUAUGACUAUGAAGCUCGUGGGAGCCUUGAUAGAUAUCUUAGUGAACCUGGUCUCACGUGGGCUCAACGCUUGAAGAUAUGUGUUGGGGUUGCUCAUGCAAUCAACUACCUUCAUGGUCCUGGGGACACACGUCAGAGAGUUUUACACCGAGACAUUAAAAGUUCGAACAUACUUUUGAACGAAAAUUGGACGGCUAAAGUUUCUGAUUUUGGUUUAUCAAAAAUUGGUCCAGCUAACCAACCGGCAACAUAUGUUUUUUCAAAUGCAGUUGGUACACCCGGAUACUGUGAUCCGGUUUAUUUUGAGACGGGUUUCCUGACAAAAGAGUCUGAUGUGUACUCUUUCGGAGUGGUGCUGUUUGAAUUAAUGUGUGGUAAAUUAUGCUGCGAAUAUAGUAAUGGUCAUCUAUCCCAAAUUCUUGUGAAUAAAUGGAGAAGAUGCUAUGAGAAGAAGAGAUUAGAUGAGAUUAUCUUUUCUGAUCUGAAGGAACAAAUGGACCCGUGUUUGUUGAGUACGUUUGCAUCCAUGGCUUAUCUGUGUAUCAAGAAACGUCGUGACGAACGGCCAACUAUGGAAGACGUUGUGAAAAUACUUGAGAUUGCAGUUGAACAACAAGAGGAAUUUGAAGAGACGAUGAGGAUUCAAAAGCUCAGGAAAUCAAUAUUAAACACAUCCCAGGAUCAAAAUUUCAUUAAUGGAAUUCAUGUUGAUGAUGACAAUACGUGGCUUGCAAUACUUAAGGGAAAAGUGUGUGAAGUAAUAUCUGCAACAAAAUGCAUCUCUGCGGACUCCCUUGUACAUGACGACACACAAAAAUCAAGGUUUCCAAACAUCGUAAAGGGUGGAAUGUACAAUGGUUUUACAGUAAAAGUGACAACUCAAUUCUUGUCACCAAAGACAAUGUACACCGUAAGCCUUGUCUUCAAACAUAGUGGUCCGGAUCAUGGGACACAUAUACCCUUUAAAUUCAGACUGGAAGGGGAGAGAUACUACUCAAAUUCAUGCAUGACACAUGUGAGAGAUGAUGGAUGGCUAAUGACAGAACUAUACCAAUUUACAAGCCACAAGAGUGAACAUGUUCUUGGGAUUCACUUCUUGCCACUCUUCGAUAUUACUUCCUCAAGAAUUAAGUAUUUUCUUGAAGGCAUUGAAUUUUGUCCUGUUCAGUAUAUAACUUGACUAGCUGUAUGUUUACUCCUAUACAUCAUAUUCUUGUUUUUAGUUUAGUUAUCAUUAAAUGUAUAAAUAAUUCGAAUUCAACAUAUAUGGAUACUACAAAUCAGGCAGUGGCGGAUCAAAAAA